CGUGACUGCCAAGUGUCGCAAGAUGGAGUACUACUUCGUAAAUAGUUGAGCCACUAACGUAAACAUGUAAAUAUGUUAAUAUUAUGAAACAAACAGAUACAACCAUUAAAAUAGUGGUAAACAGUGUAAUCAUGGCGACAUAUUAAUGCUGCAACAGGCUGGUACAUAUUAAUUUAGGUUAAACAGCAAUUAGGACAUCCUGUCUAAUAAACAAUGGCUACAAGUGAUGUUGAGAUGGAGCUGGAACAGCAGCAACUACAGAUUCAACAACUAAAGGCAUUAGUCAGAGAAAGAGAUGAAGCUUUGCAACAUAAAGAAAAAGAAAUGCAGGAAAUGAAUGCAAAAAUGUCAAAACUUCGACUUCAAGCAAAAGCCAAAGCUGCAAGUGUCAAGAAAACACAGGCUCAAGAUGCUAAAAAAGGUCUUGAUGGUCCUGAAAAGGAAUCACAUGAUGAGGGAGCUGCACCAGAGGAAGGAGCUAAUUCCAAUCAGGCUAGUAGAGCUAAAGCAUUAUUGCUUAAGCGAAAGUUAGAAGAAAAAGAUCGUAUCAUCGCUGAAAAAGAGGAAGUGAUUAGAGUUCGUGAAGCCCAGUUAGAGAAUAAAGAAAAAAUUCUACAUGAACACGAUGUCCUGAUGCAUGAAUUGACUGAGCAGCUAGAAGAAAAAACUAAGACAAUUGAGAAUUUGCAGUCUGUUUCUGGAAGCACAGGGGAUGAAGUGAACCAGAUGCAACAGAUGUAUGCACAGAUGGUUUAUAAAGACCGUAAGAUAAUGGAGUUAAAUACUAAGAUACUUGAUCAAGAUAAACGAGUCAUGGACCUGCAAGAAUUUGUUGGAGAAAAGGACCAGGUCAUACGUGGAAGAGAUAAAGUUGUUGAGGUCCUGCAAAAUUCCAUUAAAGAAAAAGACCAAGGUAUACAGGACCAGUCUCUGUUAAUUACAAAAUUAACAGCACGAGUGGAGUCAAUGAAUGAAAGAGUGGAUGUAAUUUCUGAACAGCUGAGACACAAAGAACAGGAGUUGAAAUCUGAGACUGAAAGGUUUCACAUUAAACUGACAGAGUCACAGAAAUACUUUGAGGAAAUGCUCAAAGAUUUGGAUGAAGAAAUCAAAAGAUUACGGCAUGUGAUUGAUGAUAAAAAUAAUGAUAUUGCUUUACGAGAAAAUGAUGUAAGAGAGUUGAUUUCCAAGCAUGAAAGGGAUAUUGAAACUAUAAUGAGAAAGGAGAAUGUUGACUUGCAAGACCAUGCAUUCCAGAUGUUAGAAAACAAAAUGAGGGAUAUAAAUGAGGUGCUAGAAGGAAAGAUCAAAGUUAUCUCAGUUUUACAAAAAGAAAAUGCUGAAAAGGACAGAGAACUUUCUGAAAGCAAGGACACUCAAAGACUUUUAAAAGAAAAACUUCAAAUGACUUCUGAGCAAAUGAUGUUGUUGCAAGCAAAUUUUAUUGAUAAUGAAACACACUGGAAAGAAGAAAAAAUAAGAUUAGAAAACAGGCUAAAGGAAACACAAGAAAAACAUGAAGUUGAGGUAUCAGAGAAAGAUCUCCAGUUACAGACACUUCAGUCUACACUAUUACAGUAUCAGUCUUCAUACAAUCAAGCUUCAGAACAGUACAGUCGCCUUCAAGAAUAUUAUCAAGCAGCUUUAGCUGGCAAUGUUAAGCCAGAAUAUACAGAGGUUUCAUCAUCUGUAGAUAGUCAUAAAGAAACAAUAGAAAUACUAAAUAAUGAGUUGCAUGAAUCUAAACUAACUAUAGAGAGACUAACAGCCAAGCUUAAAGAAUUUGAAUCCCAUGCAGCAGAAGACACCACCAGUAAAAGUGAUACCAAACAUUUGAAAAUGAAAGCACAAAUGACUAAUAAAAUCAAAGCACUCGAAAAGCAAUUGCAAGAGCUAAAAAAUAAUAAUCAAUCAUCCGAAGAUGUUACAUUGUUAAACAAUAAGGUCAAAGAACUGGAAGCAGACAAGGAAAAAUUACAGCAGCAAGUUGUGGAGUUAAAUGAUAAUACAGCAUUACUAGGAGAAUUGAGAGCACAGAUAGAUGAGUUACAAGCUGUAGUUGAUAUGGUCCAUGAUCAGAAAGCCAGUCUUCAAACAGAACUUGAAGCUGCAAAUAAUGAAAAACAAAAGCUUACAGAAAUAAUUCAGGAUCUAAAAACUUCUUUAAGCUCUACUGAAGGAAAUCAGGCACAGAUAUUACAGGAUGCCAAAUCAGCACAAAGACAAGCUGAAGCUGAACUGCAAGAAUUGAAACUAAAGUGUGUAGAGCUUGAGAAAAGCAGAGAAGAAACUACAAAUACAGUGGAGGAUCAGUGUAAUAAAAUAGCAUCCAUAGAGGAGAAAGCAGAAAGUUUAAGAGUCAGCUUAGAAGAUAAAGACAGAAGGAUAUUAGAACUGGAACAAGAUAAAGUUGACUUGACUGAUGCUUUGUCAUCUGAAAAAGCUAGCAGCAAAAAGCAAAAGGAAGAAAUAAAUAAUCUUUUGUUGAAAUUAUCAGCACUAGAAAAAGAGUUGGCUGAUUUGAAUACCAGUUUAGAGCAGGUCCAAGUGGAAUUGAAAUCUAGCCAGCAGGAAAAAGUUGAGAUUGAUGCACUGCUUGAGUCUGCCAAUGUCAAGGCCAACCUUCUUCAACAGGAGAGAGAUGACAUGUUGAAGGAGAAGCUGGGUUCAGAAGAAGAGAUAAGUGCAUUGAAAACUAAACUGUCCACUGUUGAGUCUGAGCUUGAAUCUACAUUACAACAGCUUGAGACUGUAAAAAGUGAAUUGUCUUUAGAAAAUGACAAUCUUCAUUCUAAAUCAGAAAGCUUAGCACUUACAUUAAGUGAUAAAAGCUUAUCUCUAGAAAAUACUUUAUCAGAGCUUACAUCUGCUAAUGAGGCAAUCAGUGUUUUAAAGCAGUCAUUCCAAGAAAAAUCCAGCAGCUGUGAGGGAUUAGAACUUGAGGUCAAACAGCUCAGGAGAGAGCUGGAACUGUUCAGGGAGAGCCAGACAGAGACAGGUAAAGAGCUGGAAGAGAAAACCCAGUCUCUUCUAGCACAGCUGUCGCAAGUAGAAUCUGAGCUCAUUGCCCAGAAAAAACUGGCAGAUGAUUUACAAGAAACUGUUUCAGAACUCUCUGCCAGCCUGCAAACCAAAGAGGAUAGUCUGAGGGUGGCGACUGAGAGCAUAGGAGAGUUGAAAAGUUCUUGUGAAAAUUCACAGAUGGAAAUAAUUAAAAAAGAUAACGAAAUAAAAUUCCUAAUGGAUGGUCUUGAAAGCGAAAAAACUUUACGAAUUAAAUUAGAAGAAGACAUUGUCAGUUUUUCAAACCAGUGCACACUCUUCAAAGAAACUUUAUCUGAAAAAGAAGUUGCUUUACAGCAGUUACAAUCAGACAAAAAUAGUGAAAUUGAAUCUCUUAACACAUCCAUAUUUUCUCUACAAAAAAAGCUUGAAGAAGCAACUGAGACCAUUCAUACUCUUCAGACUUUAUCACACGACAAUGAUUCUGAAAUAUCUUCCCUCAAGCAGAACUGUGAAGAUCUGCAGCACAAAGUUGAAUCUCUGUCUGCAGAUCUUGAUCAUUCUAAUGUUCAACUUAUGGAUUAUAAAUCUUCCAACCACACUCUCCAGCAGCAAAUCGCAGAGUAUGAACAGAAGCUUUCAACAAUGACACAGACUUUGGAUGAAGGUUCUCAGCAGAAUGAAUUGUUCCUACUGAAACUCAGGGAAGAAAAAGAGGUAUCGGAACAGCUUGUUACAUCUCUACAGUUCCAGCUCAGCACUCUAGAAACUGAACUCUCUGCUGCUCAGAGCUUGUGUGCAGACAAAGAAUCAAGCAUUGUUAUGCUGAAUGCAGCACUGCAAGAGCAAGAGAAGCGGGCAGACGGCCUGCACACAUCCCUUCAGAAAGUGCAAACAGACAAAGCUCAGCUGGAUCAUCAGGUGAGGACUUUAUGUGAGAGUAAUCAGCUUGCCUUACAAGAUGUGUCUUGUCUUCAGACAUCACUUGAUUCUAUCCAGUCCGACAAGCAUGCACUUCAGUCUUCUGUCGACACACUCACUGCAUCUCUUAAUGAGAAGUCUUUGCAUGUGCAGGCUCUUUCAGAUAAGUGCACCCUUCUUGAGCAGUCUCUUUCUGAAGCCAACCUGAAGUGUUCCCAACUCUCUGACAGUGUACAUUCUUUACAAUUGUUGCUAGAUAAAAAGCAUGUUGAAUGGUCUUCUAAGUGUGAAUCUCUUGACAGUUUGCAGCUUUCAUAUAACCAACAGCAUGAAAUGCUUGAGAAGGCUCAGAAAGAGUGCCAAGAUGCUCAUGAACUUAUUCUAAAUUUGCAGGGUAGUUUAGAACAGAAAGAGACAAGUUUUCUUUCUGUGUCUCACAAUUCUCAGUCACUAGAGCUUGAGGUAGUCAGGUGUAAGGAAGAGGUUUCUAGAUUAACAGAGUUGUUUAGCUCUUUACAGGCUGAACUUGCUAGAGUAGGCUUAGAAUCUAGUGAUAAUUCUCUUAUGGAUCAAGCUCAUGCCUUGACAGCAAGUCUUGAGCUUUAUAAAAGGACUUGUGCUGAUUUAAAUGAGCAGCUGGAAGAUAAGACAAAAACUUUAACAAGUGUACAGGGGAAACUGGAGGAGGUGAAUACAAAACUAACAGAAAGUUCUAUAUUUAACGAGAAAAUUCUGCUGGACCUUGAGAGUAAGACUGAGAUGAAUGAAACAUUAACAACGCAGAAUCAAAUCUUGAAUUCAUCACUGGAGGACCUCAACGCCCAACUUGAAUCUUCUAAUCACAAAGUAGAAAGUCUUAAAAUCCUCUUGUCAGAGAAAAGCACAGAGGCAGCUGAUUUACUCUCACAGUUGUCCACCCUGUCAUCUGAGAAACUGGGGUUAGAGUCAGAGCUUGAGGAAACACAGGCAGAUGUGGAGAGGAAAACUCAGGAACUGAGGGCUGCACAUCAGCAGCUGAGUGACUCACAAGCUCAGCUACAGGAGACAUCUGCUAGAGUACAAGAAACAGAAUCACAACUUACACGGGUACAACUAGAUAUGGAGGAGAUAACAUUAGAGAUGGACAAAUUAAUGUCCACUGUUGCGUCAUUAGAAGAACAGAGUCAGUCUUUGCAAAAUUUGGUUUAUGUAAAAGAUGAAGAGCUGAAUAAAUUUAACCAAGAACUUGCUAGUUAUAAACAAAGGUUAGAGGAUAAGGAAUUAGAAAAGAAUGAAUUACAAACCAAAUACAAUGCUGAUGCUGGUAGCAGUGCUAGUAAAAUUAUUCAGCUCAGUGAUUCUCUUAAGUCUAAAGAUGAAGAUUUGAUCAGUUUAAACUGUGCUUUGAAUGAAAUGAUGUCAGAUUCCCUUGCAUUAACUUCAAGGCUAGAGUCUUCAGACAGUGCCUUGUGCAUGUACAAGUUGAGAACCAAGCAGACGGUUAAAACAUUAGAGGAGACAGUCUCUGACCUACGGUCACAGGUUACUGAACAUGCUAAUAGCCUGAGCACAGCAACUCAUUUACAUACAGAGGCUUUAAGGAAUGUUGAAGAAAAAUACCAGAGUGAGAUUCAGGCUCUUGAGUCAGCUUUAACAUCAUUGAAAGAGAAGCACUUGGCAGAGGUGGAAGAAUUGAAUAGGAAGAACAGCUUGUCUUAUGAUGAGCUUGUCCUCAAACUUGAGACCUGUACAAGUGACCUGACAUCAAGCACACAGCUGGUACAGGAGAAGAAUGGCCUCAUCCAAACCCUUGAACAAGAGGUUGGUCAUUUAAAAUUGUCAUUGAAUGGCACUCAUGAAAACAUGACUUUGUUAGAGAAAGAAGCAUUGGGGGUGAAGCAAGAAAAGAUGGAGUUGAUGGAAAGCUUGGACAGUCUAGUCAGUAAACACGAUAGCUUGGUACUUGAAAACAGUGCUCUAAUCCAGAAACUUGAAGACACAGAGAAGGAGAAGAAAAGUGUUGAAGAAAAGCAUGAACAGUUUGUGAAGGAUAGUGAGGCUAGGAUUUCAUCACUUGCGGAGCAGAGCUGUCUGAGAGAAGAAGAGUUAUCUAACUUGCAGUUGAAGCAUGCCAGCAUUAGUGAGAGCUUGAGUGUAAUCACCAACAAGUAUGAAGCUCUUGUCCAAGACAAUGCUAAGCUGGCCACUACAAUCUCCCAGCUUGAAUCUCAUGUGGAGACCUUAACCCAUAACAACAAUGAGCUGAAGAGGGACAUUCAAAACCAGCAACAUCUUUUAGUCUCAGCUACUGCUGACUUUGAGAGGCAGCUACAAGAAAAGGAAUCUGUUAUAUCUAAUGCUUGUUUAAAUAUACAAAUGUUGUUGUCUAGCAAUAACCUUGAGUCUUUCACUUUAGAUAGUUUAGUAGAAUUGUUGCAGCACAGAAGUGUAUCUUUGAAUGAGAGUAUGAGGACAAUCCAGAUAGAGUUAGAACAUGGUAAAGAAGAAAUAGAUAAGCUCAGAGAAUUCCUGAGUGCCAAAGAAAAAGAUAUUGUUACACUUAAGGAGGAGCUGCAGCUGGAGAAGGCAGCUCAUUCAGAAGAGGUAGCUGGUCUGCAGUUUGAGGUGGAGAAACUGCAGUCUGCGCUGGAUAAGAAAGAUGUUGAAGUGGAUAAUUUAAAAACUAAGUUAGAUUUAACCAGUGUAUCUAGUGAUGAACAAAUUACACAGUUAAGUGCACUUGUUUCUAAACAUGAGAAACAUAUCAGCGAGCUUGUCGAGGGCACUAGUCAGAUCAAGUCCUGGGCAGCUUCUUUAGAGCAGGACCUUAAGCAUGAACAGUCAGUUAAAGAAGAACUAGUCAGUAAGAUUUCUGUGUUAGUUGAUGAGUCUAAUGAAAUGAAUAUAUUGUUGAAAAAAACAGAAAGUGAUAAUGAGAAUCUCAGGAGAGAGAUUGAGGUUUGUCUAGAACAGAAGAAAAUAGCUGAUGAUCAUUUGAAUACACUUGAAGAAUCUUUCAAGAAGGACAAAGACUCUUUUGAUGAAAAUAUCACUCACUUAAAAUCAGAGCUAGAGACUGCUGUGGGUACUAUAGCAAAGUUGAACGACACUAUCAAAAGCCAAGAAGAACACAUAACAGAUUUAAAGAGCAGCCUUAAUGCUUCACAAUCAGAAAAUGUUGGAUUUGAAGAAGCCCUGGAAGCUGCCAACAAAAACAUCUUCAGCCUCCAGUCUGAGAACAGCCAACUUCACCAGUCUUUAGCUGAUGCCAACAAGAACAUCUACUCCCUGGAGUCCUACAAUGGCCAGCUGCAGAAAUCCUUGGACCAUUUACAGAGCAUGCUAGAUAACUUUCAGAAAGAGAUGAAGGACACAGUUGGCUCUCUACAAGCCUCAGUGUCAGCUAAAAAAGAACAGAUAGUGGGGCUGGAAGGUGAGUUGACUGCAAGCCAGUCACUGGUGAUGACACUACAGCAAGAUCUGAAUUCUAAAUGUAGUCUCAUGUCUCAGCUGGAGAAUCAAGUGGAUGAUCUGCAGAGCAAGCUAAAAGAACAAGGCAGUCUCCUGGAGGAAGGAAAGAAAGAGAUGGCAGAGAAAGAGGAGAGGAUUACAAGCUUGCUGUUUACAGUACAAGACUUGCAUGCCAGCUGUGAUGGUCUAAGACAAGAGUGUGAUGGGAAGCAGAGAAGCUUGAGCAGAAAUUUGUCCAGCCUUAGUGAUGCCCAGCAGAGAAUUGUCCAGCUAGAAGAAAGUCUGGAAUCUUUUGCACAGAGGAAUUCCAGCAUUGAGGAUGAAAUGUGUGUUGUUAAGCAGAAGCUGCAAGAGUAUGAGCAGGCUGUGGCUGGUUCAAGUAGGACCAAUGAGAACCUACUAAACAACAUCUCCACACUCAAUGUCUCUCUGCAUGAUAAAGAAGAGCUUUGUGAGAGUUUGAAGAUGGAAAUAUCUCAGACCAAGACAGAGUUGUCAGAUAAAAUUUUCGACCUAGAAGAGCUCCAUUCAAAAUUUAAAAAUACAACCAGAGAACUAGAAGAAACAAAGUUGGAACUUGAUAAUGAAAAAGUCAAAUCUCUUGGUCUGAAUGAGGCAGUGAAUAGCUUGAGCUUGAAGACAGAUACUCUAACAAGUGAGGUAGCUGCUCAACAACUAGAACAAGAGAGACUGAAGCAAAUGGUGCAGGAUACUAGUGAAAAACUGCAAGCAGUUGGUGCACAGUUUGAAAGGGAACAUGAAUUAUUGCAGAAUACUUUAAGAGAGCAUGAGGAAGCAGUACACGACUAUGAAGAAAAACUCAGAAUCAAUGCACUAACAUUGGAGGAAUUUCAGAGGAAGCUUGAAAGUUCAGAACAUAAUUUACAGUCAAAGAUGGGUGAGCUGCAGCUGAUGCAGUCAACAUUAGAGACAACAGAGAGAGAAAAGCUGCAGCUUGGUGAGCAGGUUGUGCUCCUGUCACAUGACCAGGGCCAGUACGCUGCCCAGUGUGCGGAGCUGGAGCAGCAGGUCAGCCAGGCCACAGAGAACCUGAGCCAGAAAACAGCACAGCUCAACAGCCUGGGUCAGGAGAUGGUGCAGCUCCGGUCAGAGUUAAGUCAGCUACAGCUGCAGGUUACUGACCUUAAUCAGGUUAAAACAAGCCAGGAAACUCUUCUAGAAUCUCACUUGACAACUAUACACAACCUAGAGAAAGAAUUGAGAGAAGCUUUGGAAGUGACUACAACUGUUUCAACACAAUUAGAGGUCAAGCAAACUGAAUGUGAGGACUGGAUCACCAAGUUAACAGCUGUACAGCUAGAGUUUACUUCAUAUAAGGAUGAGAUGGCAGAGAAAAUAGAGGCUUUUGAAAAUAAAUUUUCUAAAUUGCAACAGCAACAAGAAGAUAAAUCUAGAGAAUUCAAUGAAAUGGCUGAAAAUCUAGAUAUUAAUAAAACACAAAUAGUGGAAUUAAAAAAUUAUAUAUCAACAAGAGACCUACAGUGUGAAAUCAUUGAAGAGGAAUUGAGAAAUAUAAAACUAUCUCAAGAGUCUCAUUUAGCUUGCUUGUUAUCAAUGUUAACUGAGAAAAAACAGAGGGAUAUAUUGUUGCUCCACUUCCAACAACAGGUAGCAGAUCUAGAAGAAAGAAAUAAAAUCCUGCAGGCCGAGUUAUCUCUUAAAGGUGAAGAACUUGCUGGAGAAAAGACCUCACUCUCAGAAGCCCUGAGUAGUUUGCAGAGUGCUGAAGCCCAGCUGAAGGAACUGACAGCUGAACAUAGUCAGCUGGUGGUAAACCAUGCAGACAUCAAUCAACAGAGAGAGGAGGCUGAGAGUCAGGUACAGCUGUUUAGUGCCUCACUCAAACAGAAGCAGACUGAGCUUGAAGACAUAGAAAUUCAGUUGGCUGAUUUGAAAGUGAAAUUAGAGAAAAAGAUGGAAGAAUUUGAAGAAAAUCUCAAAGUUUUAAAUUCAGAUCUUGAUGUAAGAACACAAGAGUUGACAGCACAGCAAAGUUUAUACAACACAAUGGUAGAGAAGAACAGUUCUUUGAUAUAUGAAUUAGAGGCUAUACAACAAAUACUGGGCACUGGUAAUGAUGUCAACCACGAGUCCCCUCAAGGAGGAUCUUCUGUACUGAAACUUCUGCUUCAAGAGAAAGAAGCAUCUAACAAAGAGUUGCAAGCAGCCAAAGCCAGCAAUGAGGAUUUUGGAGUAGCCUUGUCCAGUGCCAAAGAAGAGAUUGAGAGGCUGAAGGUAGCCAACACAGAACUUGAAGCACAAGUGAGUGGCCUUGAUCUUCUGCUUAAGGGUAAAGGGGAAGAACUUGAGCUCAAAUGUCAUUCUUUAACUGUGGUGGAGGAAUCUCUUGCACAGGUGUCAGCAGAACUAGAAGCGGCUAAAGAGAAAGUUUUACAGCUUGAAACAGAGUGUAAAAAGUCAAUGUCUUCAAUAGAGCAACUAACUGAGCUCAGGCAUGAGUUGCAGGAGGAGAUGGAGAAGUUGAGAACAGAGUACACCAAGUUACAAUCUGUACUAGAGGAGGCUAGAGGACAGCUAACCUGUAGUGAGAAGCAAAGAGUAGAUUUAGAAUCAACAGUUAGUCAGCUGUCUGAAGAAAUCAACACACUUCAUUCAACCAUCACAACACUUACUGGUGAGAAAGAUAAUCUCAGUCUGCAGUUAGAAGAAAAAUUGAAAGAACAUAAUCAUUUGAUGCAUGAAACAGGAAGUUUGAAGGAUGAACUGAAGCUGAUCACUUCUCAGCUGAAUCUGAAGGAACACGAGGUCCAGCAUAUUGCUGAUGAGAAGAAACAGGUAGAGUCUUCCUUAACUCAAACCAUAACAUCCUUGCAGUCACAGAUCAGUAUUCUUUCGGAAGAAAAGUUGAAGGCAGAGGAAGAUUCAAGAGUCAUCACAUCAUCAAUGCAGAAUGCUACGGAAGUUUUGAGAUAUGAGAUAGACAAUUUGACAGAAGAGAAAGCUAAACUUGAAGAGGAAAAAAUCUCUGUAGUAAAAGAGUUACAAGAUAACAUUUCGUCUUUGAAUGAAAAGGUGGCUUCACUGACCAGUGAGGUCUCUAGACUGAACAGGGAGAAUCUCCAGAUUGACCAGUGUAUGCAGGAUAUGGCCAACAGCUUAAAGGAUUUGAGAAAUGACAAGCUUCGAUUGGAGGAUCAAAAUGCUGAGCUAGAAAGUACGUUAAAGGCUGCAGAGAUGAACCUAGACACAUUGUCAAGUCAGAAUGCUGAGUUAAAUGAAAAUUUGAUGCUGUCUUCAAGCAAGCUCAAACAGGUCAACAAGCACCUCCAAGAUACUGUGGACUAUCUGCAGUCAUUCAUCAGUGAACAAAGUGCCAUCAUCACAGUGCUGCAAGAAGACUCCAUGAAACAACAGGACACAGAGCACUCUCUGCUGGCCAUUGCUGCCUCCUCACAGAAACUGAUCAGAGAUGGCAGGAGGAACCUUGAACUCUUACAACAAGAGCUGGACAAGUCUUUGAGUGAAAAGUCUGAGCUGGGCAGAGUUAAUUUAGAACUUGAACAGAAAUUGGAGGAAGUCACUGAGAUGUUUCAUGAGAUGUCUGAGGAAACGCUGAAAGUUGAGAAAAAUCUGGGUGAGUCUGUGUCUGAGCUCUAUGAAGCAGUUGACAAACUAGAAAAAGAAAACAAUGAUAAAGAAGAAGCCAUGCAUGUUUUACAAGCAGAGUUAGAUUCAACACUGGUGUUACUAAAGGAAAGAGAGGAGAGUUUGAAGAAGGUAGAUGAGAGACUACAGCAAGUUGAGUCUGAUUAUGGCCAUGAUUCUCAUACCAUGGGAGAACAGUUGCAGAGAGCGCUGGAUAAAAACCUGGCUUAUGAGAGUGAUAUAGCAACACUGAAACAGGAAAUUGAGAAUCUGGAUGUGAAUUUAAAAGGCAAAGAAGAACAGAUAAGUCACUUGGAGCAGCAGUAUCAGGGCAUGUUUCUUGAGCUGAAGACAGAAAUUUUACAACUUGAACAUAAGCUCAGUGAUGCAGCUAACAGUUUACAGGAAUCCAUGAGGGAAGCGGAAGUCUUAAAAUCAGAAAUUGUUAGUUUACAUGAGGAAAUGGAGGCAAAAACCAAAGAAGUAUUUAGGUAUCAAGCUGAUCUGACAACACUCCAGCAAGGCUUGAAGGAGAGAGACGAGGCAGUAUCUGGCUUGGAGCAGGAGAAGCUGAAACUGGCAGGGGAAGUUGAGAACUUGAAGGAACUCUUAGAGCAACAACAAAGUCUAGCUGGAGCAUCAGCUCAGGAGUACCUCGGGGAAAUUUCAAACCUGAGGGAAACACUGUCAAGAAAAUCUGAAGAGGCUUUAAACAUCCAGUCACAAAAUGACAUGUUAACUGCAGCAGUUGAGGAACUGACCGAACAACUCUUUUCACAGGAAACUCGCUAUUUGUUUAUGGAACGUAGCGCUGCCACUCAAAAGUCAUCCGAACAUCAGAAGGUCAUUGAACUUGAGGAGAAACUUAAACAAGCCAAUGAUGAGAAUGCCAGCAAACUAUUAGAGCUAUCAUUACAAGCUGAAACAGAAUCCAAAAGACUUUAUCACCAAAUCUUUGAAAUGGAAGGCCAGCUGGAAGAGAAAGAUGUGCAGCUGAGCACACUGAAUCUAAAAUACAAUAAUGUCAAUGAAUCUUUCAUGGAACUAACAUCGGAGCUGAAAGACCUCAAAGAAAUGAUGCAUGAGCACAGGAAGUCUCAUGUCGACUCUGAAAAUGUUAUUGCUGCAUUGGAAAAUAAACACCAAGAGAAAGACUGCCUAGUGCGAGAACUCAGCACCCAGCUCAGAUCUUCUCAUCAGCAUGUUGAAGCUGUUCAAAGUGAGCUUGGAGAAUCCAUCUCAGAAAUCACACGCAAAGGCAUCAUCAUCCGUGAUCUGGAGACAGAGAUUGAAACACUAGUCAAGUGCAAAGAGAAUGCAGACAAUGAAAUGUCAAACAUGCGUGAGACUUGCAGAGAGAUGCAAAUGAUGGUGGAGAUACUGAAAGAAGAGAAACAGAAAAAUGACCAUACACUGAGCCGGAAUCUGGAAAAAGUGAACACAGCCCUCUUUGAGGAGAGAACCAAAAAUGGGAAGCUCCAGAAAGGGAUGAGAGAGCUGAAAAACAAUAUGUACAAGAUAGUGAAAGAGAGGCAGCAGGCAGAGGAUAACCUUUCAAAGAAAGCAGAGAUGCUCCAGACGGCUGUAUCAAAGAGAAAAUCUGAGUUGGAUGCUCUGAGCAGUAACAUUGGCAGGUGCAAGAGUAACCAGGAGAGUGUCAGGUCUGGCCUGGUGGAAUACAGAGCAGAAGUCAGCCAGGCCAGGGAGAGCCUGCAGGCCACCAAGAACAGCCUCAAUGACAAACUUGCUGACUUUGAUGAGACCAAGUCCAACAUCUCUAAGCUGAUACAAGACACAGUUGCCAGCAAGUCUGUUCUGGACGAGGCCAAGGAAGAUUUACUCAACAUUAGGGAGUCAUCCAAGCUCUGUCAUGACACUCUGAUAGAUCUGGAGCAACAGUUGAAAUAUGAGGUGGAAGAAAAGAAAAACCUGAAGAAAGCCUUUGAUGACCUGACUCAGUCCCUGAACGUGGUCCAGAGCUUGUUGAAUGCCUCCAAGGAAGAUUUGAAGUGUGAGACAGAGAAGCACCAGCUGCUAGUGACUGAGUUCAAGGAGAACUUGGAUGCUCAGCUUAGACUCCAGCAAGAGAUGGUCAACAUCAGGUCCCAGCUGUCUGAAACACUGGUCAUUGUUGCCAAAGCUGAUUCUAAAAUCCAAGACCAGGCAUCACUCAUGGAACAUUUGAGCAAUGAAAUGGAGUCUUUGUCUUCUCAGCAUGCAGCUAGCCUGGUUCAGUUUACUCUAGAGAAAGAGGCAUUGGAGGCUGUGUGUGCCAAGCAGGAGGAGGAGCUUGAGAAAGAGAAACAACACAAUGUGAACCUGAACGCUGAGCUCACCAAAGCUGUUGAGGAGUACACGUUUCUCAAGCAGAUCUCUGAUUUUACCAGCAAGGAACUCAAGGAGCUGCACACCAAGAAUUCAGAUGCUGAAAACAGCCUUCAAGAGACUAAAGCCAAACUGCAUGAGGCCUAUUUGGAACAGGAGAAGCUGAAAACAGAAAUGUUAUUGGUGCAUGAAAGUUUAUCUCAGGGCAUGGAAGAAAGUUUGACACAGGCACAAGAGAAGGCACAGAAAGUAUCAGAUUUGCAGGCUCAGAUUUCAUCCACAGAAGAGGAAAUCCUCCACCUGAAGAGUUGUAUAGAAGAGAAGAACACCCAAAUCAACCUACUUUACAGCUCUUGCUGGGAUGCAGAAGAAAGAGCUGAAGCAGCAGGGGCUUCCCUGGACAUCAUGUCUAAAGCCAAGAAGCACUUGCUCAGUGAAGUAGAUCAUCUCCAGUGUCUGGUGGAAUCAAUGUCAGCUGAAAAAUCUUUGACUGUUUGUGCCUUUCAGCAGCAAAACCAAGAUUUGGAGUUAAAAUUGGCAGAACAAAGUGCUUUGUCCUUAACUUUAAAAGAAGAAAUAUGUCUUCUAGAGAAAUGUCAGAAUGAGCUCUCCAUUCAGAUAGAACAAGAGAUGGCUGAAAAAGUUGAAAUGCAAAAAGAAAGAGAAGAUUUGUUAGCCAAAAUCUCCAGCCUGGAGCUAGCAUUGUCUCAGCUGACUGAUGCUAAACUUAGUCUGGAUAGCCACAUUGUAGAACUGGAAACUGUAUCUGCUGCCAGCUCAGAAGAAAAGAGGAACAUCCAGCAGUGUUAUGAGAGCACAGCUGGAGAUCUGCUCCAGGUCAAAGCCUUGCUGGAGAAGGAAACUGAGAGAACUAAAACACAGGAGGAACAGCUACAGGCUACAGAGUCCACCCUGAGAGAUGCCCAGUCACACAAUGAGAAGAGAUUUGAUGAGCUGCAGGCCCAGAUCAGUGUGUUGGACAAGGACAAGUGUGGGUUGGGGGAGGAAUUGGAGAGCUUGAGAAAAGAAUACAAAAAUUGCUUGGACAAAGUAACUGAAGCAGAACAAGCUCUUGCAGCCAGCAUCAAAGAUAUUGAUGAUCUCAGUGCUUCCUUAGCAAAGGAGAAGCAAUCUUGUGAGAUGUUACAAAGAGAAAAAGAGCGCCUGCUUGAGCGUGAGAGUGAACAGGUCCAACAAAUGCAACUAACUAAUAAUGAAUUGACUCACUAUAAAUGUUUGGUAGAGGAAAUGGACAGUGCCAGUAACACUGAUGUUGUUUUCCUCCAGAGUGAGAUGCUCUCUCUAAGAGACAGCUGUGAAGCUCAGACUGCUGCAUUGAGUAAAGUCCUGCAUGACAAACUGCUCCUGGAAACCAAACUGGCAGGUCUAUCCCAGUCUUCCAACUUACAAAUCACACAGCUGCAUUCUUUAAGACAGACCUUGACCUCUUCCUCUCAGCUUAUAGACACUUGUCUAACAAUGGUGUCUGAAGAGAAUAGAUAUAAAUCAGCUGAGAGCAGCAACUGUUCCCUGGAGAACACAGAGCUAGCAAACCUGGAACUUGCAGAAGGACUGAGCCCCAGUAAAUCAUCCCCACCUGAAAGACAGUCUGACGAAGAAGACAGGCAAGACACACCAGAUGGGCAAGAGACACUAGAUGACCUGAGUUCUCUAGACUGGUGUCCAGCUUUAAUCUCCAGCUUUGAACACAAGUUGGACAGGUUCAACAAGUCCUGCAGUCUUUUACUUACAGACAAAAUAGCACUGGAAAGAGAGCAUAAAAAUUUGUUAAGUCUACUGGAUGAUGCUGUGGUAGAGAGGGAGGCACUAGAGGCCCAGCUACAGGAGACCAGGUCCCUGUGUCAGCCCCUGCAAGAAGAGGUCAUUGAAAUGAACAGAGAACUAGAAACAUUAAAGGAUGUCAUGGCUGAUAAGGAAGUCAGCACCCAGUUAAUCAAUGAGGUGAAGGAUACCUUUGGAAGACAUGUUCAGGAGCUGAAGGAAUCUCUCAGGACUUUAUCAGAGGAGAGAGAAGCAGAGAGGCAGGAGAAGGACUUUAUUGUGGAGGUGCUACAGGAGUCUGAGCUCAGGUACCAGAGCCUGGAGUCUGAGUUCAGCAGCAUCAAGUUGAAAUAUGCUAGUGAGAUCUCUGAGGCUAAGGCCACUCUUGUUACACUUGAAAACCUGUGUGCCCAGCUAAAACAGGAGAGAGAAGAGUUAAACAGCACCAUAGGUGUCUUAAGGUCUAGUGUUGAGAGUACAAGCCAUGACAUGGACCAGAUGGUGCUCAAGUUUGAAGAGGACAGGAGGCAAUCAGAAAGUCAGAUGGAGUUGGCACAACAAGACAAGGACAAUGACAUCAAGCAACUGAGAUCAUUGCUGGAGCAAUCACAACUUGAUCAGGAAAGUUUAAAGAACAAGUUGGAUGAAAUGAAGAACAGUUGCUCAUCACUUGAGGCUGAGAGGCUUGAACUGUGUGGACAACUUGAGAGUUACAGAACAGCCCAGAGUGUGGAGCUGGUACAGCUAGGUGUUGAGAACCAACAGCUGGAAGCCCAGGUCUCAGAGUUGACAGAGGAGCUGUGUGACUGCAAGAAGACAGUGGAGGCACUGCAGGAGCAAGUUAGUCUGGCUGAACAGGAUUCUGGACACCUCAGGCAUGAACUUGAUCUAGCUCAAAAAGAAAAACAUGAUCAUGAAAGUAGCAUUAGUGACUUAAAGAUGAAGGUGGCAAAUUUAGAAGAAACAGUCGCAGACAAAGAGCAGGAAAUUAAUUUACAAUUAGGCAGAAUUAGUGAGCUUGAAAUGAUUGUGUUAAGUCAAGAAACCUCUGUAAAGCACCUGAAAGCCCAGGUAGAUUCUGUCCAUUCUUUGAUCCCUGUAGCCAACCCACCAGACAGCACCUCCCCUUUGGUUUCCACCACCCCCAACACUGUGUCUGUCCCCCCAGUAGAGUGUGGUAAUGGGUCUAUGGUAGAUGUCCCAUCUUUACAGCCAUCAUUUUCUCAGGUCACAGGUUCAGCCAUCAGCUCAGUGGAGGGUAAGGUCAAUGAAUCAGAUCUUCAAGUCCAGCACAUGGAGACAAAACAUAUGGAAGAGAUGAGGUCACUUGAGGUCACAGUAAGUCAGUUGAGAGUAGAUCUGGAGCAUGAGAAACACUCAAGGCAAGAGCUGGAACAACAGCUCAAGAAGAAAGACAAAGUCAUUCAGGGUUUGCAUUUGAAGGCCAAAAGGGCAGCCAAGUUGGCCAAACAACAAGUAACGGAUGCUUUAGAAGAUGCUGCUGCAAAAGUGGAAGAGGAUAGCUUUUUAGCCAUGUCUUGGUCCCAGAGUUCUGAUGACUUAGCUGAGCAGUCAGAGGACCAGAGGCAGUUUCACCAGCUCUUGUCACAGUAUCAGAAGGUGGCCAUAGAAAAGGAUGCCCUGAGAGAGAUGAUCAGUGAGAAAGAUGCUGAGAUUGUCAGACUUCAGACACAGUAUUAUGAGGCAGAGUUACAAUGGAAGGAGGUCAUCCAGUUCCAUGAGAACAAAUCUGAACAGAAAGCUGAGGCCAAACUUCCAACUGUGAAUGUGGCACUUCAAACAGAUGAGGUCAGCAAAAGUGUGACCCCAACUUCACAUCAGGAAACUAUGCAAUCUUUCACUGAACCAGAAUUGACCGUAGAGACACACGAUCAAUUUAAAGAAGCUUUAGCCCAGAUCAGCAGCUACCAAGAGAAAAUUAGUGAGUUAACCCAGUUGUCAGCAGACAAGUCCAUCCUUGUUGUGGCAUUAGAGGAGGAGCUGUUGGCUAAAAAUGAAAUGAUUGAAACUCUGAAGAAAGAUAAUGCUAACAUUCAGUUUUCUAGUCACAUGGAGGUAGAGAGGUUAAACUUUGAAAUUAGAAAUCUGGAAUCCCAAAUUCAUAAUCUGAAAGAGAAUGUCAAAGUGUUUGAGAUGGAGAGUCAGGGUAGAAGUAGCCAUGUUGAGAUAUACUCAGCUAGGUAUGAACAGGUGGAGACUUUACUGCAGGCAGAGAAAGAGGUGGUUGAGAAAUUGAAAUCAGAGCUUGAGGAGCAAAACAAUAAAAUUAAUGUUCUGGAGUCUGUUUUAAAGGAAAUGUACGGAAACCUGGAUGAGAGCAGCACCAAAAUAGGACACUUGAAUGCUCAGCUGGAGAGCACAACUAGUGAACUCAGUGAAUUAAAAACACAGAAAGAAGAAAUGUCUAAAACUAUAAAAAAGAAAGAUGCAAAAAUUGUAGCUUUAACAAAGAGGAUUAACUCAUCAACUCCAAAGAAGGAGAGAAUGCCAUCACUUCCAGAGUCUCCAUUAAUAAAAGAUAAUCAAAAAGAAGGAUCAGAAGCUGUUGAGCAGAGUCCUAUUCUGGGACCUGAUGAUCAUCCUCUAGCUUCUGAGCUUGAGCGGCAUCAAGAUAUAGAGACCUUUAAGGCUGAAGUCCUGGGGUUAAGGAAACUCAUCAAAAAGAAAGAUGCACAGCUUCUCUCUGUAAAUAAAAAGUUAAAGUCCCUACAAACUGAGCAUGGGAAGCUGUCCACUGCCACAAGUGUGGAGUCUGUUGCAGACACCACAGGGAGGCUGUCGGUGAUGUCUUUCAGUGGCAGCAGAUCCACUGUUUAUAAUGAUGAUGUUGUAGAGUUAAAUGAAAGACUUAGGCAGUGUGAGCACCAGAAGGAGGCCUUAGAAUGCCAGAUUCGGGAUCUGGAAAUUGAUCUGGACAAUGCUAAAGAGGAGCUGCUGAACAUGCGGCAUGAGCUGGAGGACUUGCAGGAAGAGCUUCACUUUGUCUCCAGAGACAAGAGAGCUCUGGAGAGUUGUGUCUUUGACAUCAGGGACAUGGCCAACUCCCAGGCUGUGGAGCAGUUUGCUGGAGAAGAUCUCUUGUACUCCACAGCUGAGGCUGUCAGGCUGCUGGUUGAGGAGAAAUAUUCCGCAGAGAAAAAUCUUUCAGACUUGCAGAGCUGGGCUCACAAUCUGGAACGCGAGAAUAAAGACUUGACCUGCAUGGUUGAGUCAAGGGACAUAAUUCAGAAACUAGAAUUCGACAUUGAGGAUAUAAGUAAAAAGUAUAGCGAGACUUGUAGUCAGUUAGAAGAUUCCAUCGCAAAGAUUGAUGUCUUAAACCAACAGCUAGCAACUGUGAAAUCUGAUCUUGAAGAUAAUUUAAAGAGAAGAGAAGAAUUAGAAUGGCAGUCGAAAGAAUCUACGCAAAGUUUGCAGCAAAUGCAGCAUGAGAUAUCCAUCUUGAGAAACGAUAAAAGUGUGCUGGAGCAGCAUUUGAAUGGUUUAAAAGAUUCCCAUCUACAGCAAGCUGGUGAUGCCAACCAGAUGUACCAGUCCCAGCUCAAUGACCUGAGUCAAAGAUUGAGACACACUCAAGAAGAGAAAGAAGAGCUGUCCAGACAACUAACGUUGUGUAAGGAGGAGAUCAGCAAGUGUCAGAGUUCACAGCAUGAUGCAUAUGAACUGGUUACAGACUUACAGACUAGACUGAGAGAGAUGGAAGAUUCCCAUCACAGUCAAACCCAGGAGCUGGUGGCUCAGCUGACUGCAUCAGAGCAACUCAAACAAAGCUUGUACCAAGAUAUCCAAGCAUUACAAGAAAACCUGCAGACCCAGGUGAAUGCUAACCAUGAUAUGCAGUUAAGGAUCAACUCCAUAGACAAACAGUUUGAGGAGACAGAGUCCAAUAAAAAUUUGAUGCAUGCUAAAUUAGCAGAGUCUGAGACCAAAAUUGGCGAACUUAGAAAUAUGUUGAAAAAUAAAGAAUCCAAAAUGCAAAAAAUAUCAAGCGAUUAUGAUGAACUUGCUGUUCAGUAUGAAAAGCUUCAAAAUCAAAUUCUUAAGGCAGAUCAUGAUCACGAAGCUGUGAAAGAGCAGCUGAUCCACCAACAGAGUUUGUUGGAGCGCCAGAUCCUGGAGAUGAAAGAGGCUGGUGAGAAAGUGAUUGAACUAACUCAGGAAAAUAUUGCAGUCACAGAGCAGUUGAGGCUAGAGCAGUCCAAAUGUUCUGAUCUGGUCUUACAGAACUCUUCACUUUUGGAGCAGCUGGACCAUCACAAAACUCUACUUCAGCAAACUAUGGAUGAAAGACAGUCAGUGAUUGGACAGUUUGAAACUUUUCAAAAGUUGGAGGCGGAGCUCUAUGAGAUGAGAGCAGCACAGCAGGCUGUGGCAGAAGAAAAUGUCAACUUCCAGAAAUUGUUGUCUGAAAAAGAUGACAGCUUGAAGUCUUACACUGAGCAUCUGACUUCCCUAUGUCAGUUAGUUCACAUCCAUGAACUCUCUUUUACAGAUUUGUACCAAGCCAUUCAGACACUCUCCUCUAGAGCUAGUCUAGCAGAGUUUCAUGAAAAUAAGUGUUUUUCUCUACAAAAUGAUCUGGCAGCUAAAACUGAGGACUUUCUAUCUCUACAACAUCAUAUGACUGAAAUGGAGAUGUCAUCUUCAACCAGCAUUCAAAAUCUAGAGCAGGAGAUAGCUGGGCUAAGGUUUGAACUUUCUAUAAAAGAUUCAUCAGCCAAAUCAGUGGAGAGCCUAGAGCAAGAGCUGAAUAAUUUGAGAGAAGAAUUGAUUUCAUGCCAGCAUCACAGUGCAACCGAGCUAGAAACAGUGAAAGGAGUGAAUGCACAACUCCAGGAAGAAAGAGAUGUUUUAAAAAGUGUGAAUGAAAGGCAGCUCCAGAGUCUACACAGUCUGGAAUUGCUUGUUGAGGAACAGAGAAACAAACUUGAGAAAUAUGAAGCAGAGAUCCAGCAGUAUGAAAUCAAGCUGGUGGCAUGUGAAUCACAGAUACAGCAGUUACAUCUGCAGCUUGCACAAGAAGGGGACAGCACUCAGCUGAUUACAACUCUAAGCUCUUCUCUUGCUGAAGAACAACAAAAGUCUCAUGAACUCCUCAUCCAAGUUGAGCAGUUACAAGUAUCUGUGCAAGAAAAUGAAAGCCUAAAGGAACAUUGUAGAGUUUUAGCCGAUGAUUUGAGGGAGUCUGAGAACAAGCUGUUAGCACUGAGCCAUCAACACAGCUCACUGCUCAGACAGCAUGAGACAGCUGUGGACAAGAUGACAUCUUUUGAAGAGGAGGAUGCAACCCUGAAGCACAAGCUGGAGGAGCUGUCUGCCAGGAGUGAGGUGAUGUCUGAUGAAGCAAUGCAGAGUUUACGUGAUCAGAUCUCAGAUCUCUCUGGUCAUCUCCAGAAGUCUGAAAGUUUUGUUCAAACUCUGCUGCUAGAUAGGGACAACCUGUGCAAACAACUUGAAACUACACAAUUCUCUCUGUUAGAAAAGGAAACUAAAAGCCAACAACUACAAGAGAAUGAUUCAGAACAUGUAGUCAACACAGUUACUGAAAAAUCUGUAAUAGAAGCUUCUGCGCCGCCUGCUAUUCCAGAUCAACCACAUAAAAAAGUUGAAGAACUCACCUUGAAAGUAAAAGAUCUUCAAAAAUUGCUGAAGAAAAAAGAUGCCAAAAUAGCCUCUCUUUCUAAAAAGCUGGAUCAAUCAUUGGCUGCCACCAAACAGCAAAAGCUAGUAGACCAACAAGUAGACUCUCAAGUGAAUACUUUUUCUUCAGAACCAGGAACUGCCAUCCCUGUCACAAAGCAGCAGACUGUCUCUAACCCACCUGAACCAGAGCCGUCAGCAAACACUCUAGUUGACCUCCAGCAGGGCACAAGUCCACCCUCUGACCAGACAUCUGCAUCCAUGUCCUCAUCCAAUUCUGAGACAUCUCCUAGUGAUGAGAAGACAGCUUUGGAAGCCGAAGUCUUCAGACUUCAGUCCUGGGUCGACUACCUACAGCAGCAAGUUAACAAUGGGGAAUAUUCACUCCAGCAGGCCAAUGCAGAGAUUUAUAACCUGCGGGAUACAAUUCAGCACCUGCCGCACCAGAUCAUCAUCCAAGAUGAAUCUGUUCCUGAAUCCACUGUAUCGGUUGAAGAGCUGGAAGAAAAGUUGAAGCUUUUGGAGGGGAACUUAAGCUCUAGUUCGCAGCAUGCAAUUACUUUAACUCAGAGUCUUGAAGAGGCCACCAAGCAGAUAGAUGAAGCACAUGCACAGAUCAAAGAACUAGAAGAGGCCAGAACAGUUCUAGAGGCCCAACUGUCAGAAGCCACUGCAACCCUCACAGAGACAGUAAAUCAACUCUCUGAUUCCCAGACCCAGUUGUCUAGCUUGGAGGCUGAAGCUGAGAGGUUAAAGAUACUGUUGGCAGCUGAACAGGCAGAGAGGGAAAAUCUGGAGGGGACCACUGCUGAUUUACAAACACAGCUGUCUAGCUUGGAGGCUGAAGCUGAGAGGUUAAAGAUACUGUUGGCAGCUGAACAGGCAGAGAGAGAAAAUCUGGAGGGGACCACUGCUGAUUUACAAACACAGCUGAAGAAGGAAGAAGAAUCUAAGAUUACACUCCAAACAAUGCUAGCUGAGAGUGAAGAUCACAAGAAAUCCAUUGAGCACAUGGUGACCAACCUAGAGAGGGAUAACAGGGAAUAUCUAGAGAGGAUAGCAGAGCUGACUGAGGAUUAUGAAACUCAGCUGACUACACUGAAAGAAAAAAUGUCACUUUCUCACACAGAGAACCAAAGUCUCAGGCAUGAUUACGAGGUGUUGAAGUCUCAAGCUGAAAUGUCCAGCACUCUUGUAGAGCAGUACCAGCAGUCUUCUACUGAGAAGGAGCAGGAACUGGUUACACAACUUAUGUCCAAAGCAGAAGAAGUGGCUGUAAAUCAGCAGGUGAUUGCUCAGAAAACUUUAGAGCUGCAAGAACUCUGCUCUCUCUUUUCAGAGGCUGAGAAAACAAUUAGUUCACUGCAAGAUAGUCUUAAUUCAACUAAAAAUGAUCUUGAGCACCACAUAGCUUUGAAAGAAAAACUAGAAACUGAGAUUUCAUCUACCAGUUCUGAGCUCCAGCAAAAGUUGGGUAGCCUUGAAGAGGAGAGACUUUCUCUGAAUGAGUCUUUAGCUCAAAAAACUUGUGAGUGCAGCUCUCUAACUGAGAAGCUGGGAGCACUCAAUGAACAGUUUGUUUUGCUACAAGAAGAGAAACAUAAACUGGAAGAGAAUAAGUCUGGACUACGGUCCCAGGUGGAGCAACAGGAAAUUCUACAGCAACAGAUUGCCAGUCUGCAAGCUCAGAAUGAGAAUUUAUCAGAGCUGUCUGGGGAGAAUCAGGAGAAGUACCUGUCUCUUCAGGCCAGAUGUACAGAGCUGGAGUCUCAGACAACCAGUCUCACUUCACAGUUACAGGCAGCACAAGAAAGGGAGAGUUUGCUGGUUGCAGAUUUGGAUAGAGUGGUCAAAGAUAAAGAGGCCCUCAAUGAGGAGUUUAAAGAACUUUCUAGUAAAUACACAGCUUUGAUCAGCGAUGAGGCUAUAGCACUGGAAGAAAAAGAGGCCAAAAUCUUAACUUUGCUUGAAGAAGCUGAAGCUCUAAAACUUUUGCUGUCAGAAAAGGAAGGUCUUCUCACUGAGAGGGAAUCCAUGUUGUCUGAUGUCAACCUCAGACUUGACGCUCUACAGUCUGAGAAAGAGAGACUUGUUGAAGAGCAUGAUACUGCAUUAAAGUCAGUAGCUGUAAAAGAUCAAAAGAUUCAGUACCUGCUAGAGAACAUGCAAGAAAUGGAAGACCGUCUAGUCCAGUUAGAAGAUCAGCGCUCAAGCCAGACAACAGAGUCUCAAGUUCCUUCACAGACUGAGGAAAUGGAACAGUUAAAGGCAGCACUUGCAGAGAAGGAGAAAGCUUAUGCAGAUAAAGAAUUAAUGGCUAAAAAGGCACUUGCUACUGCUAAAAAACUCAAAUUUCAGCUGACGCAAGCAACAAAAACCCUUGAAGAAAAUAAAGUCCAGAUCACUCAGUUGACCCAAGAGAAUCAAAACCUCCAGGUGCAGGUUUCAAGCCUGGUUCCCUCAUCUGUGGCCCCAGCAACUUCUGAUAUGACAGACUCUCAUGUAGCACCAGUGACUGAUCCUCCCUUAGACACUAGCAUUGCUAUGAGUGAGGCUGAUGUCUCCCUCAACACAACUCUCCAGCUGAAGGAGGAGAAUGUCUCUCUGGAACUGGAAAGUCUUCACUCCCAGAUCUCCACCUACAGGGAAUGCUGUGAGCAGCUGCAGCAGCAGGUCCAGUCCCUGACAGAGACGGUGUAUGAGAGCGAGGCCAAGCUGAAGAAGAAGCAAACUGAGGUAGACCAGCUGGAAGGUGUCAAAGAAGGGCUGAAGCUGACUGUCACUGAAGUGGAGUCUGCUUAUCAGCGUCUGCAGGAAGAAUUUGAGAAGGCUCAAGUUGAAUUUCUCACCACGAAGGAAGAUUUGGAAAAGAAUGCCUUGCUGUUAACAGAGCAGUCGCAGCAAUGGAAGUCAUUUGUUGAUAAUCUACAGAAAGAGUUAUCUGCCAAAGAUGAGAGCAUGAAUCAUUUGAAGGAAGAACUUGCUCAAAGUCAUGUAGAGCAGGCUAAUGCAGACCAGUUACAUGGUAGUUUGGUAGAGAAGGAUGAGAAAAUACUAGAACUAGCAUCAGAUAUCUCAGCCCUGCAAGAGAUGUGCACUAGAGAAAAAAAUACAACAGAAGAUUUGAGGCAGCAGCUUCUGGCUCUUGAAGAAAGCAGUGCUGUGUAUAGGGAUGAACAAGUCAGGAUUGUAUCACAGCUGCAGAGUCUAAUCACUGGUAAAGAUUCUGAGCUGAGAGAAUUGGAAGAGACUUUGGUGAAACAAAAGUCAGAUUUUGAAUUGAAAGAGCAAAGUCUGCUGUCUCAGAUAAGUGGCCUUGAUCGUCAAAUAGAGGAUCACAAGAACCAGUUUGUCAACAUGACGAGUGUCCUGGACAGUGCACAACAUGAGAGGGAUGAAGCUCUAGCAGAUGCUGAACACCUCAAACAACAACUUGAUGCACAGAGUGCUCAGAUUUUGGAGUUACAGGAACUAGUUGAAGCUCUUAAGGUACAAGUAUCCCAGGGAAGUGAGAGAAAUGAAGAAUUUGAAACUCUCCAGUCUGCUUUGUUAGAAUUCCAGCACCAAGUUGAGGAUCAGAGGCUUGUCAUCGCCAGCAUGGAGGAGAAGAUGAAAGUCACAGGAAGUGAAGAAUCUUCCAAACAGAUGGAGUUGUCUGAAGAUUUGAAUCUUGUGGGCUACCAGGCCAUGGCGGAAGAGCUGAACCAGGAGCUCAUGGCACUGAAGCGAGACAAGGAACUCAUGGUACAAGAGUCCACAGAGAGUGACAUGAGGGAGUGGCAGUCUAAACUUGAGGAAGCUCUGACCACAAAAUCUGCUCUAGAACAAGAGAGGGACCAGCUGCAGCAGGAACUUGCUGGUCAGCUUGACAUUUCUAAGAGGAUGCAAGAAGUUGUCACUGAGAAACUGUCCCAGGUGCAGAACUUACAAAAUUCUUAUGAGAAACUAGAGGCUGCCUUGUCAGGUUUGGCUAGUGAAAAGGAACAGCUGCUGGAAGCUGUGGAUAAUUAUAAAGGGGAAAUUGAAGGCUUAGAGCAAGUCAUUGCUGAAUAUCAGUUUGCUGAGUCUAAGGCCAAAAAGGAAUUGGCUCAGGUUAAAUCUGAGAAAGAUCAGUUGGCCAUGGAGGUGGAGAAAGUCAGGCAAGAGCUGGUCCAGAGACAACAGACAGAUAGUACCACCCAAGCAGACACAUCUUUGAAUGUCUCUGGUUUGGAAGACAGUUCUCAGUGGAGUCAGAGAGUCUCAGAGGAUCACAUGCAGAUGGAAGCUGUUGCAUUACAGAGGGCAGCCCCAGCAUCUCCCAGCAAAGAUGCUUCAUCAGAGAAGCUUCACACAGCUGAGCAAAGGCUUGUGCAGGUUCAAGGUCAAUAUGAGAAAGCCAAAAGCCGUCUGCAAGUUACAGAGGUUAAAUGUGAGAAAAUGUUGGUCAAGCUGAAGGCAUUCAAAGACAAGAAUGACAAACUACAAAUUCAAGUUGAUGAACUUCAACAGAAACUUGGGCUACAGGGUGACUCACCUCAAAGAGACAUUAACUUAAGAGAGGAGAGGAGACGUCUAGAAGAGCAGGUCAUUUCUUUAAACAACAAACUCAGGCAAACAGAAACCUACAAUGGGCAGCUCAUUUAUGAAAACUCACAAUUAAAAUCCCAGUUGAAGGAAGUCAGCACAUCCCAGAAAGAAGCAAGUCCAUCCCAGGACAGCACUAGACUUGAAGAUGUCACAUCCAAACUUCUAGAGACCCAGUCCCUGCUCCAGUCAAAGACCCAAGAACUUGAGGCCAGCAGGGAUCAGGCCAUACAACUGGAAGCAACAAUUGCUGAGCUGAACUCAGAACUUGAGAUCAAGUCACAUGCCCCACAAGAAGACAGCACCAGAGAGGAAGUUGGUAGCCUGAAGACCAGUUUGGCAGAGUUACAUGAGCAGCUGGAGAAGAAAUCCUACCAAGUGGCUCAGCUGGAGACAGACUUGAGAGCAGUCACAGAGGAAAAGAUGGCCUUAAAGAAUGAAGUAAUGAGCCUACAAGACCAGCUGGUCCAGAGCUUGAAGGAUGCUGAAGCCACCCUGGUCACAGAGCUGAGCAAACUGCGUGGGGAAAUGAACUUUGAACUGUCAGAUCUCCAGGAGAAACUUCAGGCCCAAAAAUCUGAGUCUCAAACAAUCACAGAGGAAAGGGAUUUAGAAUUAAAAAACAACAGUCUCCUGCGAUCAGAGAUGCUGCAGCUUGAAGAAGAAAUCAGUCGGCUCAACAUCCAGCUAGAGAGUGAGAGAGUAACAGCAAGCCAGGCUCACAAGGAAGUGGCAGACAUGAGGAACAGGCUGAGUGAGGAGAGGAUGCAGUGGGAGGCUGCAGCCAAGGGCAGGGACAUGGAGCAGGAAACCAAGCUGGUGUCACUGAAUGAACAGCUCCUGACUCUACAGUCACAGUAUGAUCUCUUAUCCAGUGACAAUGCUGAUUACCAGAGCCUAAACACCAAACUCACCACAAACAACACAUCUUUGAAGCGGGAAGUGGAGGAGCUCAGGUUUAAGAUGAAGAAACUAUCAGAGACACCAGAAGCCAGUGCAGAUAAGGACUUGGGAAUGUUGAAGAGGCAGCUGGAGGAAGCUGAGACUGAAAGAGAUGAGCUGCGGGAAGAGUUUGAUGCUGUCAGAGAUGAACUUGUGACCCUGAGGAAAGAGAAGACCACUCUAACGCAGCAGGUGAAUGACCUCAACUGCUCAGUGCAGCUGCUGACCAACAAGGUCUCCAGCCUUGAAGCAGUCUCUGAGGUGAAAACUGCUGAGCAUGUCAAGGUGGAGAGAGUUGUAGCAUUAGGUAAAUCCCACACGAGCCAAGGUGACAUGGCCGCACUGGAGACAGAGCUGAUGGAGCUGAAGGAGGAGCUGGUCACAGCACAGGACUCCAAUCACCAGCUCAAGUCAGAGAUCAGUGGACUUCAAUGGAAGCUGGAAGAGGCAUCUAACCUGGAGCAGGAGGUUGAAGACUUGCAAGCAGAGCUGUCUUCAUCAGCUAUGGAGAAGAAAAUCCUCUCUCAUGAUUUGGAAGAGGUCAGGGUUGAGAUGUCAGCGCUGCAGACAGACAAGCAUCUCCUGAUGAAGGAAGUGGAGAGGCUGAGUGAGAUGCUGGAGGGCCAGGUCUACUUUGGUAAAGGCUCAGGUGAUGGCAAGCCCAUCAGUGUCCAAAGGUCCACUAGUGAAGAGGUGCUGCAGAUCUUAGCCACUAAAGACUCAGAGAUCAGCGACAUCCAGAGAAUCUUGGAUGAGAAAAAUCAGGAAAUUAUCCUCCGUCUGAAAGAUGUUGACUCUAGAGAUAGCAAAUUACUAGAGAAGGAACAAGAGAUCAACAAAUUGAAGGAAGAAAUAGCUGUUAUUCUACGUGAAAAGGAUCAAGAAAUAGAGAUAUUAAGAAAGGAAAUAGAGGUACUAGAAAACAAAAUAGAGAAUUUGAAUGAAGUUGAAAAGAGAGCAGCAGAUAUCAAGGAAGAGCUUGAACAUUCCCUUACAGAAAACAAGUCGCUACUGAAGAGAUUGGAGCAUUUUAACCUCAAGAUUGACACCGUCAAAUCAUUGGAGGCUGACUUUGACUCACUGAAUGCUGACUUUAACAAAGUACUGGAGGAGAAGAGAGAAAUGGCUGUGGAGAUAGAAGAGCUUCAUGUGAAGAUACAGGAGCUGAUGUCUCGGGAGCAAGAGAUCACCUUCAACACUGAGCAGCAGCAACAUGUCUUGAGGGAAAAAGAAACUUUACAGAGAAGAGUUGCAGAGCUUGAGGGUACAGAAGGAAACACCAUGGAAGAAAAUGCCAGAAUUAAACAAGAACUAGACAGGAUUUUAGCAGCCCUGCAGCAAGCAGAGUUUGACAGAGAGACUUUGAUGUCACAGAUUCAGUUUACAAAACCUGAUGGAACCCCUGGGCCAGAGUUUCAAGAAGAAUAUUUGAGAAUGCAGUCACAGUUCUCUGAGGUCCUAGAACAAAAGAAUGCAGUGGUAACACAGUUAAAUGAGGCUCUCCACUCCCUAAAACAAAGGGAGGCAAGAUGCCAGCAACUUGCUUUGCAGGUGAGUCAGCUGGCAGAAGACAGGGGCUAUUUGAACACACAGCUAGCCAACAUGUCCAAGGCUUUGAGAGAGAAAGAACAAGAGUGGCUGGCAAUAAGACAACAAUAUGGUGAACUCUAUCAGGUUUAUAUUGCCACUCAGUCUAAGACUGCUGAACUAGAGAGGAGAAUAGCUUUAGACUCUGUGCAGAAAGAGUUGGAUGAAGAGGAGACAGCAGCUGAAGCCGACCAAGUCCUAGGUCAAAAUGAUCAAACAUUGCAGAGAUUAAAUGAGCUUCAAUCUGAGUAUCAGAAUUUACUAGACUCAAACAAUACCUUGAGCACAAUUUUGACAAGGGAAAGGACUCUGAGAGAACAAAUGGAGAGAGAACUAAGUGAAGCUCAAGAACAGAUCAAACUUUUAGCUUCUGGUGUAAAUAGAGAGGUGUACCUACAACUAGAAGAGGAUAAUGACUCAAGAAUUCGGGAAACUUCCACUAUGCUGACUCGACAUGGUUUUGGCUAUUGUAGCAGAAUUCACAGUUGGCUCAGAGUUAAAAACAGACAGCUGAGCCGUGUAAUGAGGAUGCGACCAGGGCUGAGAACAAUCAUUUGGAUCUACUUUGCUUUUAUCCACAUCUUGCUGAUUGCUUGCUUUGGUGGCUUCUUGUGACAGCCCUCAAACAUUGCAGGUUGAUUUGUUUUGUUUUCAAAUGUCUGUAUGACUGGGAUUUAGAAAAUGUUUGAUUGUAAUUUAUAAUCAUUAUUAUUGACUGUUAAUUGAACUCAGGUUGUGGUGAAUGGUUUUUUUUUUUUAAAUUCUGUAAUCAUACCUUUAUUAUCAAAGGUGAAUGGAAUAGGCUUUUAAUAUUUUUAAACAUGAAAAUUUGAACCAGAAAACUACUUUUUACUCCUUUUUUUAAUUAACUUUCUUAUGCUUAUUAUUUGUAUGGAUCCAUUCCAUUUAAGAUUUAAUGAGGGGUCCAUUAUAACUUUUAAAAUUAAUUAUUAAAAUUGUAAAUACUACAUGCAUUAUAAGGUAAUGUUGUGCUGUGAUCAUCUUUCAGUGUGAAAACAAAGUUUUAUUUAUUUGUAGCUCUUACAACAUGUUGGGAUAAACUUGGUGCUGUUUCUCAAUAAUAUGAUGCUCUUUGAAGUUACUUGUAACAUAUUGCCAUUAUAGUGGCUGUUGUUGUAUUUGUUUUAUAUCACUUUGUAGUACUGCCCUUUGUUAAACAAUUAAUUGCUCUUGAAUGCUAGCAUUGAAACAGCAGGUAAUCUGAUGUGUUUCAAUGUAAAAUAUUAAAUUCAUAAGCUAGAAAUGUCUAAAGAAUUGUUUGGCUAAUUGUGUUCGUUUAUUAUUGACAAUGUAAAUAUAUACAAUUACAGUGUAACUGUUUCUUUCCCUUAAGCUCUUAUACUGUCAAUAUUAGAAAUAUUAUACUUUGACAAUAUUUUAAUCAAUUGUUUAACAUUAAAACUCUAUGAAAAUUCAAGGUGUUUAUCAUAACUAGUGAUAAUUGAAAUGUGAUUUUUAAACAGAUGUUCUAGCAUAUCAGGUGAGGACACAGUGUAUUUACCCUUUCAUUUCUAUCUCACAUUCCAGGGGAAAAUAAUCACUUAUGUUCUUAAUAAAAAGAUCAUCUUAAUCUAUUUAGUAUUAUUUUUGCCUAUACCUUAGUUUGUACUAUUUGCAUACUCAUUUAUGUGUUACAUUCCAUUUUUUUUUUUUACCUUUUCUCAUUUUGCUUGGGCUUAAAUAGAUGUAGGUUGUGAUAUUUCAGUACUGAAGUCUGUGUUUGCAUUUAGUGGUACUGUUGUAAAUAAUCUGCUUUCAACUAGGUCAUGUUAAAAGUGAAUCUGGUUCUUUUUAGUGAAUUACAGUUCACAUCUUAAAUUGUAUAUAUCAUUACUGUGUAAUUACAAAAAAUAUUGUCAUUGUUGAACAUGAAUUUAACUGAAUAAAUAAAUUAUUUUAUUGA